AUGAGUGGCACUUCAAAGCAACAACCGGGUGAUGGUGGCAAAAGUCCACAGUGUAGCCGGUCAGUAUUACCAGAGGAAGAAGCUGAUCAAAUAGUUAACUCGGGUGGAGGAGAAGUUGCUCUAAAGAAAGGUAUCGAAGCUGAUCAAACAGUUAAUGCGGGUGGAGGAGAAGUUGCUCUUAAGAAAGGUAGCACUUCAACGCGAAAACGUAAAGUGUCAUCAUUAUCAAGUGGCAGUGAUGUUGGUAAAAGGUCAAAGCUUAGCCGAUCAAUAUUACCGGAGGAAGAAGCUGAUCAAAGAGAUAAUGCCGGUGAAGGAGAAGUUGCUCUAAAGAAAGGUCCGUGGACAAAGGAAGAGGAUGAAAAUUUGAAAGAUCAUAUCAAAAAGCAUGGAGAGGGAAACUGUAAAGCAGUCCAAAAGGAAUCAGGACUUGCUCGCUGUGGGAAAAGCUGUCGUCUCCGAUGGUCAAAUCACUUGAGGCCAGGAGUGAAAAAAGGUUCGUUUACUGCCGAAGAAGAACGCCUAAUCAUUGAGUGCCACUUUCUGAUGGGAAACAAGUGGGCUCAUAUGGCUACAUUGUUUCCUAGACGUACAGAUAAUGAGAUAAGGAACUUUUGGUACACAAUAUCUAAGAAACGGAAACGAGAUGGCUUACCAAUCUAUCCUGACGAGAUAACAUCCAAAUAUUCGUUAAAUGACAGUCAAGAAAGUGCUGACACAUUGCCAAAUGAAUCCAACCAGAAUGAUGAAACAGAAACCUUCAACUUGGAUAUAUCUGACUUGGACCUUAAAUAUUACAAAUUCCGCCCAGAUAUGGUGCCACCACUUUUUGAUUCUCAAGAUUACAAACCAAUUAGCGACUUGGUUAGACAGUGCUCAGAUUCGUCUCAUAAUACCUUAUACAUGCCUAGUGCAGUAGUUCAACAAAGAUAUAGUAGCAGGAAUGCUGCUGUCCCGGAAGUGUUUGAUCAGUAUGGACAAUACCCUAUGUUGUCUACUUCAUGUGAUCUGAUUCUUAACACCAACCUUCUUCAUGGAUAUGAUAACCCUAUAACUGGUUUUAAUUCCGCGUCAAAUAUCUCUUUUUCUGACCCCAUAUAUGGGUCCAUGAAUUUUGAGCCCCCUUCAUUCUAA